AUGAUUACUUUUAAUCCAUAAUUGUAAUUUAAUACAUUUGAGUAUAAAUUCUUAGAAGAAAACUCUAUCAAAGAAUCUGAAUGGUGUUUUUCAUUUUCAUUUAAUAAAGAUUCAACGAUUCUAGCUGCUGGAUGCUAAUCAUAUAUUAAGAUGUAUGAUUUUAAUAAUGGGAAGGCUUAAUUAAAUUAAAUAUUAAAUAAUACCAGUUUUGCAAGGACAUUAUAUUUCAUGAAGAAAUCAAAUAGUUUUAUUACAGGAUUUGAUAAUUCUACUAUUUCAAUUUGGCAUUUAAAUUAAGAUAAUUAAUGGGUUGUUUAAUAAUAGCUUUUAAAACAUUCUAAAGCUAUUAAACAUGUAGUAAUGAAUAAAAAUGAAGAUCUUAUCAUUUCAUGUAGUGAUGACAAAUCCAUUAAUUUUUGGGUCAAAUAAAAUGAAUGGAUACUCUAAUAAAGUAUUACUAAUCACAAUUCAAGCGUUUUAAGUGUAAGUAUUAACGAAUCCUAAGAUAAGAUAAUUUCUUGUUCCGAAGACAAAUCUAUUUUAGUAAUGGAAUUUUCAACAAACAUUAAGAAAUGGAUUAUAAUAUAAAUUAUCUCUUUUCCUGAACAUGGAAGAAGAUUAAGUUUUAUAGGAGAUGAUUAAUUUACAUUCUAAUAAAAAAAUAAAGAUGUUUUAGAAUUAUAUUAAUGGAACAGUACAUCUAGAGAAUUUAAUUUAUAAAUGCAGAUCCCAGUUAAUAGUAGUACUGAUUAUAAUUAUUAUUUUCCAUAAUAAUUUAUUAAUUCAAAAUAAUUAUUAAUAAAUAAGAAUGGAAAUCAUGUUAAUCUACUAAGAAAAAAAUCUGAUGGAACAUUCAUUAAAGAAAAUGCAUUAAAAUUUAAUACAAAUUAAAUAUUUGGAGUUAUGAAUGAUUCUGGAGAUUAUUUAGUUACUUGGGAUUAAGAGCACAAAUAAAUACAAUUUAGAAAAUUUAAUGAAUUCUGA